UUCUUAAUGUUGAGUUUCAAGCCAACUUUUGCGUUCUCCUCCUUCACCCACAUCAAGAGGCUCUUUAGUUCCUCUUCCCUUUCUGCCAUUACAGUGGUAUCAUCUGCAUAUCUGAGGUUGUAUGUGAAAUCAUGAUUAAAUUAAGUAAUGUGAUAAUAAUAACUAGUGAUGGCCAGCUUUAAUUGAUAAGGUCCAGUUGUAAUCCCCAAACCCAUCUGCUAAUUAAUGGUUCACACAUAUUUAUAGUUAGACUGGUUUGUUUGUGGUAUGAUACUAUAAUAGAAUAAAGGAAAGAAAUAUUAAAUGCAGCAUUCCCUUCUAAAAAGAAGUGAUAUCUUUUGUUUGGUAAUUAAGAAGUUAUUCUACCCUUUUUUCAGCAGUUUAGUUCAGCAUAUUUUUUGCUUCCAGUGUAUAAAUAUCCUGUUCUAGCCACUGGUGCUGUGAGCCUCAAAUCCCCAUCUGACCAGUGCACUGUCUACCAGGUCAAGAACUCAGGUUUUCUUGACAGCAGAGGUGCUGUCUAAUCACAGCAUCCUGGAGAGCUCUGUGUGAUAAGAUGUUGCUUCCGCAACUGCGAGGCACCAGCAAGAGCUUGACAAUUGCCCAGGUACCCCUUCCCCAGUUCCGUCCACCCAGACUGGGAGCAGCUCUUCAAACAACAGUGCCAGUGUAGAGUAGCUGAGAGAUCCAAGAUCCAGUCCCUCCAUGUCAGUGGAGCUCACUAGGAGAGUUUGGGCCAGUCACUCACUCUCAGCCUAACCUACCUGCCAGAACUGUUGCAAGGACAAAGUGGAGAGGAGGAGCACUGUGUAAGCCACCUUGGGUUUUUGCAGAAUAAAAGGCAAAAUAGAAAUAGAAUGAAUGAAUGAAUGAAUGAAUGGAGGUUAAUUCUCAGCCAUUUUAACUGUAGAUGCAACAGACUGCACCCCCAGUCUGCCCUUCUACCCACAUCAGGUGCCCUCCCUUUACGCUAGAGCCCCAUCCCUAAAUAUGUGGAAUAUGUCCCUCCCCAAAAGGAAAAGUAAAUGAUUUAAAAAUAAACAUUUAAUUAUUUGUAUUUAGGAUACAACCCUAUAUGUAUUUAGACAGAGAACAGUCCUACAACUCCUAACAUGUUCAGUUGAGACGUGUCUGCAGACUGUGGGACUUUUUUCCUGUCUAGUCAUGCCUAGGGAUUGCACCCCUAUGUGCUUCUGUAAAGUUUAAUUGUUUCUUUCUAAGGGUGUUUUUCAGUUAAAUAUGUUGUUAUCCUUUUUUUCGUGGCUCAUUUUUGACAGGUUCAAAUAUUUUUGAUGGCCUUUUCCUAGAAAUUGUACUGUCAGAUUGCCCAGUAUGGAAUAAAAUGGAUGGCGCAAUAAACAUAAAAGGAAGCCAACACACGCUUAUGCAAGCAUCUAAUGUACUUUGCAGAGAUGGAGCUAUUAUAUGCAAAUGCACUCUGUUAAUGCACCUGCACUGUGAUCAGCACAGCUGCUCUGUGAAAUGCAGAGCCUGCUUAGAGCCAAGUACCUUGGCACCCAUGGCAACUCCUACACAAAUCUGCGACAGGGAGCAUGAAGGUGUGUGCUGCCAGUGCUCAUUCAGAGCAGAUCGUGGAACGGAUGUGCCGCAGAAAAGCAAAUUGCGAGCUGGCUGCUGAAGUGCCAGUUUUAUUAUUACUAUUAUUAAUUCUAUUUCUGUAUUUCCCAAUAGCUAAAGCUCCCUGGGCAGUAUAAAGCUAUUAAUAAAAUAAAAUAUAAAUCACAAUAAAAGCAUAACGUUACAUUAAAAAUUUAAAACCAAAUGUUAACAACUCAAACAGUUAAGACAGCCUCGUACAGUUUGGGUACCUAAAAGAGCUUACAAUACCCUGCUCUCAUGCUUGACAUAGAGGGCUGUCAUGCCUGAUUCUGCCUAAUCUCAGGAGCAAAGUGGUGUCAGGCAUGGUUACUGUUGGGAUGGGGGACCUGAGUCCUGCAUUGAGCAGUGGGGUCGGACCCUCUGUCCUUAUAGAUUCUUUCUAACUGUAUGAUGCUGUUCUAACCUGGCACCAUCGAAUAGUAAAUAUGGGACCAGGUGAGUCUCAGUGGGAAAAUCAUUCUAGCAUUUGGGUACAACCACAGACAAGACCCUCCUCUUUGGUGCCCCAACCAAGCCUCUCUCAGGGGUGGCAAUCAGAGGAAGGCCCCAGAUAUUGGUCAGUGUCUAGGAGAAGUGAUCCAUCAAGUAUUGCAGUCCCAACUAUAAAGAGCUUUGUAAGUUAAAACUAGUUCCUUGAAUCAUGCUCAGAAUUGUAAAGGCUGCCAGUGCAAGGGGACUGGAAUUGGGAUUAUGUGAAGGAUUUUCUGAUUCCAGUUAUCAGUCUGGCUGCCACAUUUUGCACAAGCUGCAGUUUAUGAACAGUCUGCAGGAGCAGCCUCACACUGACUUGCAUUGCAGUAGUCAAAAGCUUGGUGAUUACUAGAGUGUAGAUUAUGUCCAUGUCCCUGUCACAGGGGCAUAAUUGUGCCACCAGCCAAAGUUGGUAGAAGGUUCUCCCUGCCAAGGAGGUCACCCGUUCCUCAAGUGAAACUGCUUCUUCAGUGGGAGUGUCAUCCCAUGCAGAACUGGUUGACCAUUUUCCAUCUGGUCAGAGGAACCGCUUAUCUACAGUGCCUCAGUCUUGUCUGGGUUGAGCUUCAGUUUGCUAGCCCUCAGCCAGGCCAUCAUCUCAGUCGGGCCCUGAUUUGGCACAUCCACUGCCUCACAUGCAGGAGAUGAAAAGGAGAAUAGAGCAGCCUGCCAUCAGCUUACUGAUGGCAACACGUUCCAAAACUCUGGGUGACCCCACUCAGCGUUUUCAUGUAGAUUCAUGAGGUAUAAGACCGACUCCUGAGGAGCCCCAUGCUGGACACUCCACUGGAGAGCUGAGCAGUUUCUCCCAAGAAUUUCCUUCUGCAGCCAGUCAUCCACCACAAAACCCGCUAGCUGCACUGCAGAAAUCACCCAGAAGGCCAGUGGCAUCAAAAGCCGCCCCGAGGCUUCGGCGAAUGGGGCGGCAUAAAAAUGUUUAAAAAAAAAAAAAAGCCACGAGAAAUCCAGACACAUAAACAUGGUCACACUGCCCUGUCUCCUUCACAAUAUAGUUCAUCGCACAGUGCAACCCAAGCUGUUUCUGCUCCAAAACCCAGCCUGAACCCGACUGAAAUGGAUCCAGAUGAUCAGUAUCUUCCCAGAUUGCUGGGAGCUAGUUGGCUACCAGCUGCUCAAGGGCUUUACAUUAAUGUUAAUGUUAAGGGGAUGUUAACCACUGGCCUAAGUGUAUAAAGGUCUUCUGCAUCCAGAGAGGGUUUCUUGAGGAGUUGCAUUGCCGCUGCCUCUUUAAUGCAGCACAGCACUGCUCUCUCUCACAAGGAGGCAUUGAUCUUCACCUCCCUGGCCCGGCCUGCUGCUGCUUGCCUGCUAGCUUUUAUCAGCCAAGAGGGGAAAGGAUCCAGAAUGGGUGUGGUUGCAUGAACCUGUCCAAGUACCAUGUUAACAUCCUCAGGCUGAACCAACUGAAACUCAUCCCAUAAAACUUGACCCCAGUUACUGUGGGUACCUCACCUGAUGCAGCUCCUAUAAAAUUAGAAUUUAAGUCCCAGAGGAUACAAGAGAGUUAUUCCUGGAAAUGGCUAGCAAACAUAUUAAAGCAGGGCUCAGAUGGGUCUAGAAUUUUCCUGGGACCAGCAUCUAAUAAGCCCUGGACAAUCCUGAAAGCUCUGCUGGGCAGGACAGAGAAGACUCAAGAAAGGCAGUGAGAUGUUUCUUUGCCUCCCUCACUGCCUCUAAAUAGCCUGAAAACACUGGGAUGUUUCCUUCGUCUGCAGUCAAGCUGUUUUCUCUCUGCUCCAUGAAGCUCUGCUAUGGGAAGGCUGCUCAGGAGUGAUUGUAUCCGCUAUCUACAUUAUCUCUGUAUGUAGAUAGGAGUUGAGCAGGAGUUGAGCCGACUAGCCAGCCCUAGCGGCUGGAUAAGCUCCAAGGGCCCUCUGGAAACCACCUGGAUCCAUUAGCCUCCAGGAAAGAUGAUCCUAAAUGACCGUCAUCCUUGCAGAGGGAGAAAGUAGCCAUUUGUCUAAAGCUCCCUAGGCAGUGAUCUGACCAUGGCAAAGGGAUCAGCUCAAAGUCCUUCUCCUUCAGGUAAUUAUCCCUGUGCCCGGCCAAAAACAAACUAACUAACUUACUAACUCACUCACUCACUCGAGUGUGCCCUGUUAUGUGAGUUGGGCUGAUGACAUAUUGAGACCGUAUCAUGGUUCUCGUGGAGUCCAUGUGCAAUUGAGCUGUGCCAGAAAGGGUGUCCUCAGCAUGGAAGUUUACAUCCCAUGGAACUAAUAGCCAGGGGGACCUCAGCAUUGCCACGGGGACCACCGCUGGCAGCUCAGACUGGGAGUCUACUGGGCAGCAGCAUGGGCAGUACUCCAGUGGAAUCCCUCCUCUGUCCCACUGGCGCUGGACCAGAUGCAACGCUUCGGAAUGGGAGUCAGAUGGGCCCGAGAGGGAGAGAAUUCUGAUAGAGGCAGCAGCCCCUCCUCUCUGGCUGUCGCAUCUGCCCUGACACUGUACCAAGAACCCCUGUGCCGUGACUGAGAAAAACUAGCCCCAUCCUGUCUGCCCACCCAGGUCUUGGGAAUAUAUGCCCUGUUGGCCUCCUAAAGUUAUGAAGUUUUGGGCCUGUCUGACAUUUAAAAAGGGACCUGAGGGCAGGCUGAUAAGGGCACCUACCAGACAGGCAAAUGCAAGGAAGCCAGGAACACAACAAAGCCAUUACUUGUCUGAACCAUGUUCCCCUUACCUAGCUCUUUCUCCCAAGCUUAAUGGAGAGUUCGUAUUUCCCCCACAUGUGAGUGUUCUCUUCCCCCCUGCAGAUUAAUAGUGGAUAUCAAAUUAGGUUAUGGUGAUGCAGGAUAAAGCUGCUGAAGAAUAUUGCAUAGCAGCUCUUUCUGCAUUUCACUUGAGCCCUGCUAUGUUUUAAACUUGGGUAACAUAGUGAAGCCCCGUGAAACACUGAGCAGUGCAGCCUCCGCGGAGGUUGAGUUUUAUUUAUUGAAUAUGAAAAACAGACUCUUGGAAGUUCUUUGCUACGGUGACAGCUUAAAUAUUUGAUGGCUGUUCUAAAACAAUUUAGCAAUCAAUACUUAAAGCAAAGACUGCACUUGUUUUUUAAAAGAAUGUCAAAAUUAAAAUGACCUAAGGGAGAAAAAAUACUGCCUAGAAUUUGCUGCUGCAUGAUUUGGUGGGGGUAGUGGCCACUUGCCAAGGGCGAACUGGCAAGUGCAUGGAGGAGAAAUCUGACAACAGCUGAGUCAUGAUACUUGCAUGAAACUUCCUUAGUUGAUGGCAAUAUGCCUCUAAAAAUCAGGGGUGGGCUACGUGCAAGCCACAGGAUGCGCAUGACUGCCCAGGGGAAGUUUCGUGACUCGCCUUGGGUCCUCGGCCUCCGUAGUGCAGCCUGCGCCCCUCGCACGCUGCCAGGUUCCCAGCAGCAUCCACUCUUCACUUCCCAGCCUGCCAAACAGCUGUGAGGCGUGUGAUUUUGCUGGGAACCAAAGUUUGUACCCUCCCCCAUGCAGGAAGCAGGGAAGCUGCAGGCAAACUAGAUGCACAAGGCUUCGUAAAUAUCCCAUUUCUCUGCAGAACAGUGUUUCCCAAACCACUGAACAGCUGGUUAGUGGGCUGGAGCAGAGUGUUAGGCUUCACACACACCUUGUUUCUGUUGGAGAUACAGCUGCAUGGUCACUUCUAGUUGUAGUAGGAGAAGGACACACUCCCCAGAGAGUUCUGGAAUUUCCAGGAAGACAUCCCCAUCUUAUGAAUGUCCACACUGGGCCACAGCAAAGGUAGGGGCAAAUUCUGACCCUCCUGGGGCGUCAUUUCUUUUCUGUUUUAGUCCCGACCUUUUUAACUUCAGUUCUGCUUAUCACUGGAAUGUAUCCUUCAAGAGUUUAUCCAUAACUAAAUUCUGCUCUGAUGUUGAAAGAGGUUCUCACCCAUCAACUCGCAAGUUGGAACAUGUUCUGCUUCAUGGACAGAUGGAAUUUGAUCUCAGACCUGUAUUCAGUAUCCCUUGCUGUAGUUUGUGAACAAUCAGGAACAGAGGUUCCUGAUUGUUUACAAACUGCAGGAACUUGUGUUCUUCCAGCCAUAUCUUUUAACUAUCUAUAGUACUGUUGUACAGAAGUAUUUAUUAAUUUGGUAGCCCCCUAGGUAAAAUCAGAACCAAUGCAUUGCCAAAAUAGAGGCAAAAUAGGGUUCAGGAUGAAAGUAUCUGCCAAUGGGACAUGGCUGUAAGCCAUUAUGGGGAUUCAACACAACCUUCCAGCCACACUUGUUGUGUGGCAUAACGGUUAAUGUUGACCUGGCACUUGAGAGAUCUGAAUUCUAGUCCCCACUUGGCCAUGAAGAUCAUUGGAUGACUUUGGGCCAGUCACUGACACUUAGCCUAACCGACCUCACAGUGUUGUUGAAAGGAUAGAACAAAGAAGAGGACAACCAUGUAAACCACCCGGGGUUCCUUGAAAGAGGAGAAAAAAGGCAGGUUAUAAACGUAGUAAUAAUAAUAACCAGAAGCAUAAGGGGAAUGUAAAAAGUGCCAUUUUAUUUGUGGACUACCCCGAUGGCCUUCUGUUGCGAUUCAGUCCUGUUAUUCUAUAACAAGCUAGUUUUCCACACAGGAAGUGAAGGUGGUUGUCAAAUGGUUUGAUUUUGAAAUAUCUGUCAAGACUUUUUCAAAAGAAAACUAUUGCUACUUUAAAAAUUAGUAAAUACCCCUUGGAAUAACUCUUUUUAGAAAGGUAUUUGCCAGGUAGUCUUGUAAAAGGGAGUGUUGAAAAGCAGGAUGAAAACUCAGCUUAUUGCAAAGCUUUGUUUCACUUGGGUGCAUGUUGCUUGCACCCAUCACACUUUAACUUUUAAGUUUCUUCAUAGGAUUCUUCAUUUAUAGCAGUUGCCAAAAAUCAUCAGGCAAGGUCCUCAGACUCUAGUUUUAAGUUUUGUUUUCUAAGUCUCGUUUAAGAAACACAAACCUCUUCCUGUACACCAAUUAAAUCAGCAAGACCAGCCGAGACCGGUAAUUAGCUAAGUAUUCUGUGGGCUUAUCUCACCAUUAAAGAACUUUUGCAGUUGAUUCAGCUGCUUAAGCAGGCCAUUCUAAAGGUCAUUCCUUACCAUGUUCUCAUUAUAUCUGGGCAGAUUUCAUUAAGGACUUCACACUUGCAUGCUUGCUACUUGAAAAAGAGCCGGCUGGGGUGUUUAUUUGCAAGAAGGCACAGUUUUCUAGACUUAACAAUAGUUCAGAGUACAGGAAUACUUUCUAAUACACGGUCCUACUGCCAUGAGAGUCAAGGAAAGCCAAAAGGUCAAGGGAGAGGUUAAGAAAUGAGCAAGAGAGGGGACUUUUUGCUACUCAAGACACUGUAUCCACAAAGCUCCCAGUGCUCUGCAGCUGUUUUUAAAUAGAGGUGGCUCAGGCCUCCUGUACCUGCAGGCAAAUCACACCUGCAAUGACAAACAACACUUCAGUGGACCGCCUGGCCUCUGUUCUCAAGAGGACAGCUGUGAAACCUUCCCUUUUCAGCCGAGACUCCAACUUGGUUAUUCCCCACAGAGUCUCCCAGAUCUCUGACCUAAAUGCAUUUUAUCCAAGGUCAAAUCAUACAGCUCCCAGGAAGCAUCCAACUCCUCUGGGAAGAUGGUGUUCAGGUUUCACCUUCAUUAUAUUCCAAAGCUUGAUUAAUCAUAGAAUAACAGAGUUGGAAGAGGGCAAGAAGCCAUUGGGUCCAACCCCCUACUGUUGCAAGACACCAACUUAUACCCUCCCACUCACAUGACAGUCUCAUUCAUCCUGAAUGUCUCUAGUGUUGGACAGCCCACGACCUCUUUAGGCAAGUGGUUCCACUGUCGUAUUGCUCUGGCGGUGAGGAAACUUUUCUUUAUAUCUAGCCUGAAUCCGAGUUGUCGCACUGAUUAUUCCGUGUCCUACAUUCUGGUUUUUGUGAGAAGUAAGCUUGACAUUCCUCUUUGUAAUAAGCUUUCAGGUACAUAUAAAGUGAUAUCAUGUCCCUCUCAAACUUCCCUUCUCAAGGCUGAACAUACCCAGUUCUCUCAGUCUCUCCUCAUAGCACAAUGUUUCCAAAUCCUGGAUCAUUUUUGUUGUCGUCCUCUGAAGCCUAAUUACUUGCAUCUUUCUUAAAUCUUGGUGCCCAGAACUGGACACAGUAUUCUAGAUGAGGUCUGAUUAAUGAAUAGUAUAGAAGAACUAUUACUUGUUAUGAUUUGGAGGUGAUACCUUAUUAACGCAUCCCAAAAUAGCACAUGCCCUUUUUGUGGCUGCAUCACAUUCUUGGCUCAUAUUUAGCCUGCUGUCUACAAUAACUCCAAGGUUCUUUUCCUUUACGCUUCUUUUGAGUUACUUAGUCCCCAUCUUGUAUUGCUGUGUUUAGUUUCUUUUUCCUAAGUGGAGGACUUGGCAGUUGUCUCUACUGAAUCUCAUUCUGUUGCUUUCAGCCCAGCAUAUAAGCCCUGGAUCUUCAUUCUCUCUGUUUGCAGAUCUGAUUAUCAUUCCUUGUACUUCCUCCUCUAAACCAUUGAUAAAGAUGUUGAAGAGCACUGGGCCCAGGACUGAACCAUGCAGCACCCCACCUAGUUACCUCCACCCAGUUUGAGAAGGUGCCAUUGAUGAGCACUCUUAGUGUCCAAUCUAGGAGCCAAUUUUGGAUCCACCUAAUAGUUUUCUAUCUGGUCCACAUUUAGCCUCCUCCGAACUGGAAACUUCACCAAAGCUUGUUGGGCCAAGGACAGGAAGAGGCAAGGCAUACUUUUAGUCUGAAGGCCAAACUGUUGUUGCUGUUGCUCUUGCCCCAUUCCAGUGUUGGCAGAGCAACAGCAGAAGGGGUAGAGCCAGCAGAGCGGCAUAUAGCAGCUUAGAGUUCUUAUCACCGGUGACUAAGUUCCACAUUUUAGAACAGCAUAAAGGGACUGUGAUUCAAAAGCAUUUAGCCUGAUGAUUUCCCUGCUUCACCCUAUUGUAGCAUCAUCAUCAGCAAGGGCCAAAUGGUCAAACAGCUGUGCUUCCUCCCUCUGCUUUUUAAAGAAAGGAAUAUGUACCUUCUGGUAUGCAUACCUGCUCUAUUGUCUAAUCUGGCAGAUAGGACCUUCCAAGUGGUGGCCCCUUAUCUUUAGGACUUCAUUUCCACAGUUAUAUGUGUGGACUCAUCGCAGCUGGCUUUAAGAAAGACAGACAGACAGACAAGACACAUUCAUCCUGGUCUGCAUUUAGUGCUUUAAAAUUGCAGUUUAUAGAGGUUAUUUCUGUGUUUUUCUCAUUUUGUAUGCUGCCUUGUGAGGUCAAUGCACCCUAACUAUAUGUAAAUUUAAGAAAUAACCUAAUAAAAUUAACUUAAAAUUAAUUAAAAUUAACCUAAAUUUGCUGUAUGCAUUAAAGUGCUGAAAGGAUAAUUACCUCCUCCCUUUGGUGCUAGUGUGUAUUGUCCAUUCUAGAGCAUUUAAGUUAAUUUUGAUGAGGUCUGAAGACCAAGUCCUAUAAGCAAUGUGAAGGAGCUAGUUAUGCUUAGCCCAGACAAGAAUUUCUUGAGAGCCAAUAGGAUGGCAUUCUUCCAAUAUUUAAAGAGCUGUCAGUGAAGGAUGGUGCAACCAGUUUUAUGUUGCACCAGAGGGCAGGACCUGCACUGAACCAAUCAGUGACAAGACAAAGAAUUUAGACUCAGCAACACUACUAGGAAGAAUGUCCUGAUGGUACAAGCUGUUCAGAAAAGGAACAGAUAUCUGCUUUUGAAGAUGGUAAACUUCCUUCAGUGAAGGUUUUAAAUCAGAGACUGAGUGAUCAUCUUCUGUAGUACUGGAACAGCAGGACUAGACAAGCUUUCCCCAACCUUGUGCCUUCCAAAUUACAACUCCCAGCCUGGCCAGUGGUCAGGGAUUAUGGGAGCUGGAGUCCAAAAUAUCCAGAAGGUAUCAUGUUGGGAAAGACACAAGAUGAUCUUUGAGGUCACUUCCAGAUGUACAUCUCUAUGACCAAUUAAUCAAAGGGUGUGUUACAGCCUAAAGUAGAAUUUUUGAAGUUGUGAGAUUUAUGAAGAAACUUAUCUUGCAGCCUCCUAUAUAAGCUACUCAGGAAACAAGAUCAGGUAUGGGAAUUCCAACACUGCUGUAACAAUAUACAUAAGUAGUGUAGCAUAGUGACCAUGGGUGUUGUGAGCUGAGUGCUCCCUCCCAGCAGUAACAGUCUCACUAAUGUGCUUUGCCAAAUGUCUUAAUUUUACAUGUAAGUCUCUGAGCAUAUGCAGAGCAGAAUGUUGAACCCUCUCUGGCCUUCUUCACCCAGAGCUUUGCUCAUGAAUCCUUCUGCGCCUGUCCCUGCGGGGAAGAAUGACGUGGAACUGGCCCUGCCUUCACUGCUCCCUCUGAGACCCCAGUUGGGCCACCCUGUGAGUGUGACGAUGGACUAUCGGGUCACCUCCUCAGGAGGCUGUCAUUCCCCAUCCGAUAGACCCCCCAUCUCUAAAUCUUCCUCCUCAGGAUGUUGCUCUUUCUUGUUCCCACCAGCGGGUUGACUGGGCUUCUCGGCUGCCCUUGAGCUAAUUUCCCCCAUAGCUGGCACAGGGCCUUGGACUGCAGCUGGAACUGGGUCCAUUUCAACAAUCAUCUCAUUUUCAGAGCCUGAGCCGUCAGCCCUGCUGGGAAAGGCCAGGUCCUGGCACACAUCUGAUUCUCAGAAUUUGCGCUGUCAGUCCAGCCCACAUGGUCAGCCUCCUGUGUGGGCCCCUGGAGUUCACGCGAAUGCACAUGCACGACAGUGGGCAGUAUCCAUGAGGCCCCCUGCAGUUCUGUUGUGCCAGGCUGAUUCCUUUCGGUAAGCAGAGCCCACCACUUGUGGGGUGGAGGUUUAGCACUUCCAGGAGCAACUGCAUACAGGAUCGCUGCUGACUUGGCCCACUCCAGAAAUAAGAGUUGUCACUCAUUUGGGAUCUUCUCUAAGGAUCAUUAAAUCUUUGUUGUGCAGUGGAAUUGGUGGGACCUACCAAUUGCACAACAGAAUCGACAUGGGCAUAAGUGCCCCUUUGUUGGCUGCACACUGACCUCAAUCCCAUGCUCAAUUUCCUGAGAACAAGCCCUGUCAAACACAGGGAAGUGACAGAGCUGUGGUGUAAGAGGCUCGCAAUGACUUUUUCAAUACAUAAGUUAUGUUAGAACACGUAAAGCCCACUUUUCCAACAAAACAGUAAUCUAGGCCAUUGGAUAAUGCAGCAGGACCCCCAUAUCUGCUGGCUCAGUUAUGGUGGUUGUCCUCAGCCCAAAAGAAAUGUCACAAUGUGCCUUCUGUUAAGUGAAAAAAACCCAGGCAGGGCCCAACACCAGUCUCCCAAAACACGUGGGAAGAAAACCAGGGCACAAUCAGAAUGAACUUCAGUGUCUCUGCAGCAGUGCUCAGAGUAUGGGAAACAAACAACGUGGACAUGAGCUCACAGUGCAUGACAGCAAUUGCAAUCUUAGAGGAAGAAGUGAUACUUGGUGAGAUGACUCACAUGACUGGCACGCUAGAAUUGAUGGUGAAAACCUGUUCAAGAAAAAUAGCAAGGACAGAAAGGAGUCACACUGUACGUAAGAGACACACUCACCUGCACAGAAAUACAAGAAGAGGAACUUAGUAGCCCAGUUGAAAGCAUCUGGCUUAAAGGAGGCGAAAAAUAGGAAAAGCAUAGUUACUGGCAUCUCUUACCAACCACCCAGUCAAAAAGAGGACAAGGAUGCAACCUUCCAGAAGCAACUUGCCAUCAUUUCCAAGAAGAAUGAUGUAGUCGUCAUUGGGGAAUGAAUAUCUGUGGCCCCUUCCAACUCUACGAGUAGUAUUCUAUGAUUGUAUGAAAAUUUUUGAUUUAAUGGGGAAAUAGAAAAUUGUAUUCUGAGAAUGAAUAAAAUUGUGAAAAAGGAAAUCUACAUAUCAUAUAGCGUUCACUAUUAACUGCAGUUUCAGGCAUCCACUGGGGGCUUGGGUCCAAUCCACACAGAUGCGAUUUUCUCACCUUUAAGUGCUGAACUGACGCUUUUCAGUAUCCUGAACCUUUUCAAUACUUCCCUGCUCUCCAGCUACUCCAGAGAGGGGAGAUAGUAACUUCUGGCCCUUUUGCAGGUCCUUUCGGAGUGGUUGCUGCUGCAUAAUGCUACCUACUCCCCUUCACAGCUCCAGAUUGACCAAGCAAGACCACACAUGUUAGAUAAACAUUAAGUGCAUACCUGCAGAAAACUGGAGAGGGACAAGUCCAAUUGCCAGUUUUUGAGGCACUGAAAAAGAACAAGUUAAAAGCUGGGAAAUGAAAGGGGGUAGUGAUUGGAACAAGGAGGAAUCCAGGACAUGAACACACACGGGUUCUGCCACAACUCCUUAGGGUGUUAUGUUGGAGCUGGCUGGAGGACUGCAAGGGAGAAGAAUUCAUGGCAAACCUGAUCUUGUUUUGGCCAAACCACCAAGCCACCUUGGCCUAUUCCAGCUUAGCAAGAUGUGCAAACCCAUUCAGUACAUCUGAGCCAAACACCUAUGGUCAAUCUUUACUAUGGAUUAGGGAAACAAGACCAUAUCUUAAAUUCAACCCAACGUAGCUUAUAACUAAACAGAAGUAAGCAUCUGCAACCACAUUGUAGCUGUGCUGGAGGAAAAGAAGGGAGUAGGGAGUUCCCACGUGCAAGACUCAUCAUGCAAUGUGGAACCACAGUUUGGUAUUACUUUCAGACUAUGAUGAAUUGCCCUACAGGUUCAGCCAUGAUAUACUAAGGACCACAAUCAAUGAGUUUGCUUGUCGUCAUUCCUCAUAAUUUGCUACCUUGUUGUGCUAUAGUCUUCCUUUAUUCAAGCAAAACUUUCCACUUUAUUUCAAGGUCAAACUGAAAGAAGCUGCAAGUGCAGGAAGUCCUUUCUUCUAAACCAUGUCUCUUUUGUGAGCUCACUCUGAACACUCCAGAAUGGUACAGAAAUGCUAUGUAAGGACUCCUGAAAAUGGAGAAGGGCUUCACAGGGUAAAAUUAUAAUCCAAAAUAUUUUAGACUAAUCUCUUUAUGUCCUCGGCAGAAGUGUUUUGAGCACUGCAACGUUUUCCAAAAACACCUGUUUGUUGUUCUGAAGUUGCUUUAUUUUAUUUGUAGAAGACAUGCUAACGCCACAGCUGUUCCUGCUGAUAAAAUGGAAUUUUCAGUUGUGCUGAGUGCCAGGAGGGUAAUCGGUGCCUCAGCCUUCUGCCUGAAUUAAUUCAUUUCUUGGCUCAGAUGCCUUCCAUCUGUAAUUAAACAUGAGACACGGGCUUUUCAUUUCACCUCUCCUGCUGUACAUGUACAACUUCAACGUCACUAUUGCAGUUUAAGGCACAAAAAUAAAGCUGGCAGACAAACUGGGUCUAGUAGCAUAAGCUAUUUUGAAAAACUUAAUUGGCGAUUUUAAAUUGGUCCAUUUAGCAUGCGUGAGCUAACAGCAUGGGUUAUGUCUGUGUCUGAGGUUAUACAAGAAAUGGGCAGGAGGUUUCAUUUUACCAUCUUCUUACAGCAUAGCUAUUGAUCACUGGGCAAAGGUUCAUUGCUGUCACCACAAUGCCAAGAGGCCCUAAAAAGGCUCCCAGACACUUACUUGGGGGUGGAGAAAAAGUGUGGAGAGAGGACAUGAGCAGAGGUUGCUAGGCCCUGCCAUGUCUUCAUUUCUUCUAUACAGUAUUGGACUGAUGAAACCUGGUGGCAGCAAACGCAUGAUCAGUCAAUGGUAUGUCCUCUCUGGGUUUCAGCCUGAACAUUAAAGUGGGGAUCCAUGAUGCCCAACCCACUUAGGAGUAGGGUUCAGCACCAUGGAUAACUCCUUUACAUUCCAGACUAGAACUUAGAGCAAACAUUAGAACUACCAGCCAUCGGUUGUACUUAGACUUGGUCACAGAGAGAAAUGGGAACUAAGAGAUUGUGCCAAAAUAUUCUCAGCAGUGGUUGUUUUUACAGAGGGGUUCAGCACAUAGAGGGAAGGGGUCCCCAAGGGACAGCUGAGGGCAGUGGAGCAGCAGCAGCAGCAAAGAAAUGAUGCAAAUACUCAGGAGGUGCAUGUGCUUGGUGAAACUGAACAAGCCUAUGUAGCCUUGCAUAUCAGCAGAGACUGAUGUAUCUGAUGUCAGCAGGGCAGUGAUUCCACUCGCUUAGUCUGAACCUUUUAGAAGCUGUUCAUGGUGCUGAAUUGAAGCCCAAAAAUAGGUGUGGAACCAAGAAUAGCUCCUUAAAUUCAGGCUGAAACUCAAGAGCAGCUUCUCUGCCCUCAGACCACCAGCCACUGCUGCAUGUCUGGCCGAGUCCUGGCCGAUUCUUUUCUGCAUAUGAACUGGACGGUUCUUUGUCAUUUUCAGCUUCUGAGUGGUAUAUAAUGGGGUGGAUGCUUGACUGUAUUUUGUGGCCUGCCACUCACUACCCAUGGGUGUCCUCUUGCAGCUCUCAAACACCUGAUAUUUACUGGAUGUUGAGCAAGUCUGGAUGCCCCAGUAUGUAACUCAAAUAUGCGCUGCCACCUGGGUUCAAAUAAUACUCUAUGACAACUUCUAGCCAGGGCUUGCAUAUUCAUAAUGGUGGCUGGCAUGCGCCACAGCAUUCUUUAAAUAGCGCACGAUGGGUGUCGUGUUAUGCAGACUGGCCCUAUGCUGAUGUUAUCUCUAAACCAGGUCACAGUUCCAAUAUGACAUUCUAGUUAAGAAGAAGUUCUUCUCUAGGAGAAUCAUGAAUGGUUUUGUUGACAUCAGCAAAGACAACUGCAAUGAGAAAGAGCUUGUAUCCUGAGAGUUCACUAUGAAAUCUCAUCUUCCUUGUGUAUGAAUGAGGACAGUACAUGUUGCUGGAUGAACAACUUUGCAAAAGAACAUUGAAUCAUCAUUGCAAUUUCCAUUCUCAUUCAAUCCUGCUUAAGGCAUGUUAAUUAUUUUUUAAGAUCCACCAAAAUCUCCAAUCUUGGUCCUUUAGGUCAAGGAGUCCCUCUCCCUUUUCAGUUGAUAACAAUGAACAUCAAACUUCAUCAUAUAGAAGGCAGGUUCCUCAUGAAUCUGGGUCAAAAAGUAAUUUAUUUGAAAUGAACUCCUUUGUAAAAUGCAAUUAUUUUCAAAUAUACAUAUGGGCCAGGAUAUUCUGUAUUGUAAUUUGCCCAGAGGAGUUUAGAUAAUAGAUUUUUCCCCACUUGAAAUUUACUUGUUUCCAGCUACCAUGUUUUAUCGAGCCACAUUUUCGAGGCAGUGAAGCUGUCCUUUUGAAACUAUGUUUGGUGCCCUCCAAACCAAACUCACAAAAGAAUUGCAUAGGAGAAAAAGGACAGCGCUUCUAUUCAUGGCAAAAUAUGGGCAGUUGUUGAAGAAGAGGAAAUGGUUCUGGCUUCCAUUUUUGUUUUUUGAUGCACGCACUUGAGAUGAAAUGGAAAAUUAUUUUUUCUUCUUCAUGAACUCUUUGCAUCACACACAUGGGGUUUGCCACAGAGUGCAAGGCCAGACCCGGGGAAGCUUCUAGAGCUCACUGUCACGGAGUGGGCAGGCGCUCUGGUCCACCCCUUCCGGGGGUCCAGAUAAAGGGAGAGGGCUCUUGCCCACUCCCUCAGUUCAUUUUCGACCACACACACAGGGGCUCCGUGAUCGGAACCUCUGCUGAUUGAGCUCAUGCUCCAGCUGAUCCCUCUCCUUCUUUCCCUCUUCAAAAACAUUUUUUAAAAAUCUUUCUAAUAACAUUCUGUUUUUCCUACCUUUUUUCCUGAGUCUGCCUCUCUCCUUCGAGGCACCUCUCGCUGCCUGUCCUCUAUCUGCAAGGAAGGGAAACAAAGAUUUACUCUCUCUUUCUUCCUCGUGCCUCCUCCUCCUCCUCACUUUGCUCCACAUGGCCGACCCGGCUUUCCACUCCUGCACCUCGUGCGCGGCUCGCCUUCCUGCCACAGACGGCCAUUCCCGCUGCCUCCUCUGCCUCGGCGAGGGACACAUUGUGGAGACCUGCCGGCACUGCCAGGCUUUUAAAAAGCAGACUCGCCAGCAAAGGGCAGAUCAUCUCAAGUUUGUUCUCUGGAAACGUGCCUUGAGCGUUGUGGACUCCUCAGGAUUGGACACCGAGAAACUGCCAUCUCCCAAGGAGACCACAUGGGCAGCCAAGCCCCGCAAGAAGAGGGUUGCCGCUGCCGCCACCCCUGCUGCCGAACCUCCAGAGGAGUCUGCAGGACCCUCAGCUGCCACCAAGCGAAACAGGCACCGUGCCACCACGUCCGCUGCACCACUGGCCGUUUCGCCGCUCACCAGCCGCCCUUGCACGCCAGACCCCGGGUUCCCCCUGGACGGAUCCCCGGUGGCGCAUGCAGCAGACUCCCCUGCGAGCCACGUGAGACCACCCAGACCCAGAGAGCCAUCGCCACAGCGCAGCGCACCUGAUGCAGGGGACACAUUGCCUCCAUCCACCACCUCGCCAGGCCCCUGCUUCUCCAUCUCGCCGCUGCCAGCCAUGGCUCAUGGCCAGGACACCAGAGGACUCUGGGGAUCGCCCUGCUCCUCCUCCCCCAGUUGGGAUGGAUCAUCGCCAUGGUCGCCAGCAUCCACAUGCUUGGCAGACUGGUCCAGGUCCCCAGACCCACCCACGCCGGCCCCAGAUCGGCAUCACCACCGCCACCCAGAGCGGGGGCACUCUGGCUCCUCCAGCCGCGCCAGAACUCCCACUCUGUGCCACCGCCAGCGCACCAGACCUGCCUUGCCUCGAUCCUGGCCUCGUGCCGACUGCAGCUGCCCUCGUUCCGCAUCGGACCCAGGUAAUCGCUGCCGUGCACCUGUGCGCCCUCGACGUCGGGAGUGCACCAACGCACUGGCCAGCGAGGGAAGCCGCCAGCACAGUCCCUUGGCGUGGCACACGUGGGCACAGCAUGCCGGGGAGGCCAUUUCCCCCCACCGAUCCCGCACUCAUCCCCGUGAGGACGGCCUCAGCCACAGCUCCAGCCCUGACGCCCACCAGCAGCGCACUAUGGAGCCUGACCUGGCCUGCCUGGCCAGAGGAGCCCACCACCAGGGUGGCCCUCGAUGCCCCUCACGCAGCCCCUUCCAGCUGCGACAGAGCCACUCACCGCCUUCCCCAGGAGGGCCCUCUGUACGCGACCGGCGCAGAUCGGCCUCAAGGGAGUCAGAUCAGAGUCGCUCCCCCUGCUCAGCCCAGUUGCUCUCCCCAGCCUCCCCCCACUGCUCCCCUGAUGCUGAGCCACUGGAUCAGGACCCGACCAUGUCACCCGCAGGGAGGGGGCACUUCGCUGACCUGGUCCUCCGCAUGGCAGGCCACCUGGGCCUCCAGACAUCAGAGGUGCCCGAGGUGGACCCUGUCUUUGAUGCCCUGUCUCCACAGCGCUCAACACCGGUAUCCAUCCCCCUGCUACCAACCCUCCUGCGCACAGUGCGACAAUCCUGGAAGGCCCCCGCUGUGGCACUCUCCACCUCACGCAGGAUCGAGUCCACUUACAAGGUGGCUGACAAGACCCUGUCCUUCCUCCACCAACACCCCAGGCCUAAUUCUGUUACGGUGGAGUCCAUGCGAGGGACCUCCCAGAGUGACCAGUCCAUGCCUGUGGACAAGGAAAGACGCCGCCUGGACAGUCUGGCCAAGAAGGGCUAUGCCGCCUCCUCCCUGGGCAUAUGUGUCUCCAACUACGAGGCCUCCAUGGCCAGGUACCAACUUCUGCUCUGGAAAGAGAUGGCAUGCAUGGCAGCACACCUGCCUGAUGACCUGCGCCAUGCCGCUCGCCUAGUCCAUUCCGAGGCGGAGAAGUUGUCCAGGUAUCAGAUUGAGGCAGCCAGGCACCACGUGGAUUGCGAUGGCAAGGCAAUGCUGUCGGCCGUGGUGAUCCGCCGCCACGCCUGGAUGCGAUCUGCGAACCUCCCCCAGGAGACACGGUCCCAGAUCGAGGACCUGCCCUUCGAUGGGGAGUGGCUGUUUAGUGCGCAUACCAAUGAGUGUGUGGACUCUCUUCAUAAGGCACGCACCACUCCCAAGUGCAUGGGGUUUCCGCCUCCCACGCCGCAGCGUAGGUGGCAAGGGACCCCUUCCACCUCUAGCUGCCGCCCCUUCUCGGACUGCUCACUCUACCCUAAGCAGACGGCUCCUGCCAAGAGGCACGGUGCCCAGCAACGCCAUAGACUCCUGCCCAGGUGCCAGGACAACAGGCGCAGGCAAUGAGAUCCAGGCCUAGACAGCCCCAUCCUACUGCCCCCCCACCCCUCCACAGCUUCACACACCACCUAGCACAGCUCCUCCCAGCAUGGGAGAGUAUCACCUCUGACUCCCAGGUCCUUUCCAUAAUUCCCCAGGGGUAUAAGAUAGAAUUUGAUACCCUGCCUCCACUAGGCUGCAUCAAGGUCAUGCCGUCUUCACCCGACCCUGAUGGCGGAGGUUGAGGCCUUGUCCAAGGGAGUGAUACAACAGGUCUCCUCGGACCUGCCCAGGGGGUUCUAUUCCCAGUACUUCACAGUAUCCAAAUGCAACAGGAGGCUUAUGCCAAUAUUGGCCCUCAGAGGUGUCAGCAAGUUUAUCACAACCAAGAGGCUCAGAAUGGUCACCUUGCAAGGCAUCCUCCCUCUGCUUAGGCAGGGGGACUGGUUCACCACCAUCAACCUUAAGCAUGCCUGUUUUCAUUUAACGAUACACCAGGCCCAUAGGUAUUUCCUCUGUUUUCCAAUUGGCCAGUAGGCAUUGCAAUUCUCCGCCCUCACUUUCAGCUUGGUCACCACCCCCUGGGCAAACUCAUGGUGGUGGUCCAUGUCCACCUCAGCCGCCAGGGCGUCCAGGUCUUCUCUUAUUUGGGCUCCUGGCAGCCCCUCCAAGGGAGGACCUCCCAUGAGAGCUGCAUGCUACAUGCUCUCUCCUGCAGGGCGCCUCAUCCAUAGCGACAAAUCUGUCCUCUC